GCUCAGACAGCUGCAUGGGUGUGCCUUUUUAUUGCUGUCCCUAACCCAAACAAGUGUGUGUGUUCUUUCAGGCUACCUGGAAUUCAUGUAACCUUCAGUGUGUGUGUGUGUGUGUGUGUGUGUGUGUGUGUGUGUGUGUGUGUGUGUGUGUGUGUGUGUGCAGAGAAGGUUGGAUUUGGACCCAUCUCUGUUUUGACAAGCCAGGCUAUUUCUGCCCUGGCCUCCAGUAAGGGGCUGGAUUAGAACCCUGCUGGAAAUAGCCCUGAUUGGAUUAAAGGGGCUGUCAGCUAGCCUGUAUGUGAGGGGGCAGGGCCAGGCCUGAUUCUGCCUGUCUGUGAGAUCAGGAGAGGGAGGGGCUUAUUUUUCUGAAUCGAAGCCAGAGACAGGCGGGACGGGGAUAAUGUCUGUCACUCAGGUGAUGGAAAAAGCGGUGUGUUAUCUUUGUCAGCGGUCAAUCUCGGAAGAGGGUGUGUCUGUUAUAUUUGUGAGUUGGGAGGUGAGAGAGUGUGUGUGUGUGUGUGUGUGUGUGUGUUGAGGUGGGUCACUGUGGGAGCUGAACUAGUCACCUCUCUGCUUGAGCAUGCCUCACCUGAGCCUGUGUGUGUGACAGCAGACAGCAGAUCACGGACAGGUGUGUGUGCGUGUGAGAGAGAGUGCGGACCUGCAGGAGCUGUGUGUGCUGGUGUGUGUGUCUCUCGGUCGUCCAUUUGGAGUCUGAUGUAAACACCGGCACAGAAAGCGAGGCUGCUUGGAUACGGUCGCCAUGGGCGUUAGUAACUCGAGAGACUAUCAUCCUUCGGUUACUGUAGUGCUGAAACGACGUAACGAGCCCCUGAAGAAGGAGCGGCCCAAGUGGAAGAGUGACUACCCAAUGACAGAGGGGCAGCUGCGCAGUAAGAGAGAUGAAUUCUGGGAUACGGCGCCUGCCUUUGAUGGGCGUAAGGAGAUCUGGGACGCGCUGAAGGCCGCCGCCGUGGCCCUGGAGUGCAGUGACCACGAGCUGGCACAGGCCAUAGUGGACGGAGCCAGCAUCACGCUACCGCACGGCUCCCUCACUGAGUGCUACGAUGAGCUGGGUAACCGUUACCAGUUACCAGCAUACACCUUGGCCCCGCCCCUCAACCUGGUCUCCGAGCGCAGCGAGAACGAGGGGGUAGAGUCAACGGAACAACAGGCCCCGCCCCGGAAGGAGUUCCCUCUGAAGGUGCGCCUGUCUUCGGGGCGAGACGUGCGUCUGAGCGUCAGCAUGAGCGACCCCAUCGGGCACCUGAAGAAGCAGCUGCAGGCGCAGGAGGACAUUGAGACGGCGCACCAGCGCUGGUUCUUCUCCGGGAAACUCCUCACCGACAAGACACGCCUGCAGGACACCAAGAUCCAGAAGGACUACGUCAUCCAGGUCAUCGUCAAACCGCCGCCCCCAUCAUCAUCCCAAAGUGAGAGAGGAGGAGGAGGAAGAAGAGGGUGGCGUCAUCGUCAACACCGCCGCCCCCAUCAUCCCAAAGUGAGAGAGGAGGAGGAGGAGGAGGAAGAGGAGGGUGGCGUCAUCGCUAACACCACCCCAAUGCAAAAGAGGAAGAGAGGAAGAGGGAGAGAGAAAGAAGGAGAGGGUGGGGGAGACUGUCACUCUACUGUCUAUACACACUCCUCCUGUAACUCCCUGAGGUGGACCAAUAUGUGUGUCACUGAGGAGGUGCUGUGUGUGUGUGUGUAAUUUUGGGGCAGGGUGUGUGCUCACAGCGCCCCCUAGAGAAUAAAAUCAGCAGUGCUGUCUGAAUGGUAGGGGGCGGAAUCUCACCAGACAGAAGGCUUAGACAUGGAACACACACACACACACACACGUAUUGAACACACACACACAUGGAGCACGCAGACACACACAUGCUGAACACACACACACACACACACAGGCUGGAACAGUCCAGUGUCAAAUGAAUCCUUAUUUUUGAGAUUAUUUUUCUAUGUGGCCCUUUAAGCUCUGAGUAGCCUUCUCCUCUCCUAACUGAGUCUCAGUGUGUGUGUGUACUCUGUGUGUGUGUGGGGGGGGGGGGGGGGGGGGGACUCUGAUGUCAGUGUGUGUGUGUGAUGCUGUGACCGCAGGGAAUGUGUGUGACACACUCUGAUGUCAGUGUGUCUGUGUGUGUAUGACACUGGGACGUGUGUGUGUCUGUGUGAGAGAGAGAGACGCUAUGCAAUGACUCCAUGCUGCACUGAGGGGCUGCUGUUCUGUGUGAAAAUAACAGGCCCUAACUUACACACACACACACCUCCAGUACCCUACCCCUAACUUACACACACAUACACACACACCUCCAGUACCCUACCCCUAACUUACACACACACACCUCUAGUACUCUCCUACCCCUACUUACACACAACAACCGCAACACUACCCCUACCCCCACCCCCACGCCCCUACCUGUGUGUGUGUGUGAGAGAGAUCUUUGAUGUAUGCUGGUGUGUUUCAGUAAAAAAAGACUGACGUUUCCGAGAAGCGUCUGAGGAUUUGCUACAAGCGGAGAUGGUUUUAUGACGUCAAGUAAUGUUUACUUUCACGACUGCUGCCAUGUUCUUCCUCCUCAGGGCAGAGACGGUCACGCACCAGACGCACGAGUGAAACACACUUCUAUGACAUGUUAAACAAAAUGUUGUACAUAAUUGUAAAUAUGUUCAAAUGUACAUUUGAGAUAAUAAAGUAAACUCAAAAUAAA